CCGGGGGUGCCAGUUACGCGACGGAACGAAAUGCGCUUCCGUAGUCACCAAAGGAACCUGGAGGUUGUUUCGUGACCUCCCGGCUUCAGGCUGCCGGUCGUCAGUCCCGGGAGUAUCCUUGCAAAGCCGGUAAGGGUUUGGAUCCCUUGCUCCCAAGAUGCAGCCUUUAAAAUGUGCAUUGAGAACAGGUCAGACUCUGAGGCAGAGUCCAUUGUCCUCAGUAAUCGGGCAGAUACUCAGGACCUACAGAACAACAAACCAUCUCAAUGCAGAAGUGUACCCAGAGUUAGAAAAACAGCAAGAUGAUAGACUCCAGAGAGAUUUCAGCUCUAGAUUGGCAGCAGGACCAACAUUUCAACACUUUCUAAGAAAUGCCUCUGUUCCUCAAGAGAAGUCUGAUUCCUCUGCAACAGUGGAGGAUCCACCACCUUAUCUUACUCCAGAAGCCCUUUUAGGAAGAGGGAGAAAAGUCUACCUAGAGACUUAUGGUUGCCAAAUGAAUGUUAAUGAUGCAGAGAUUGCUUGGGCCAUUCUUCAGAAGAGUGGCUACUUGAGAACUAACACCCUCCACGAGGCUGACGUGAUUCUUCUUGUUACAUGUUCAAUAAGAGAGAAGGCUGAACAGGCUAUUUGGAAUCGUUUAAAACGACUUAAAUUCAUAAAGGCCAGACGUCUCAGAUCACAAGUUCCUCUUCGAAUUGGGAUUCUAGGAUGUAUGGCCGAAAGGUUGAAGGAAGAGAUCCUGCACAGGGAAAAAUUGGUGGACAUUGUAGCUGGACCAGAUGCUUACCGGGAUCUUCCUCGGCUGCUGUCUUUGGCAGAUUCUGGCCAGCGAUCUGCUAAUGUUUUGCUUUCGCUAGAGGAGACCUAUGCAGACAUCAUGCCAGUUCAGACAAGUUCAAACGCCACAUCAGCAUUUGUGUCAAUUAUGCGAGGUUGUGAUAACAUGUGUAGCUACUGUAUUGUUCCUUUCACACGUGGCCGUGAAAGAAGUCGGCCAAUUGCCUCCAUUCUGGAAGAAGUGAAGAAACUCUCUCAGCAGGGUCUGAAAGAAGUAACACUCCUUGGUCAGAAUGUCAAUAGCUAUCAAGACAAGUCAGAAAUGCAAUUCAAUAACGCCAUGCCCACUCAUCUGAGUCGAGGAUUUAGUGAAAAUUACAAAACCAAGAAAGGAGGCCUUCGGUUUGCUGAUCUUCUGGAUCAGGUCUCCAGGGUUGAUCCUGAAAUGAGGAUCCGCUUCACUUCUCCUCACCCCAAGGACUUUCCUGACGAGGUUCUACAAUUGAUCCAAGAGCGGAACAAUAUUUGUAAACAGAUACACCUUCCAGCCCAGAGUGGAAGUAACCGGGUCUUGGAACUCAUGAGAAGAGGAUAUACAAGGGAAGCUUAUUUGGACUUGAUUCACCAUAUCAGAGAGUCUGUUUCCGGAGUGAACCUUAGCAGUGAUUUCAUUGCUGGAUUCUGUGGAGAAACAGAAGAUGAUCACCUCCAGACACUGUCAUUGCUUCAGAAAGUCCGAUACAAUGUGGGUUUCCUUUUUGCAUACAGCAUGAGACAGAAGACACGAGCAUAUCACAGGCUUCAAGAUGAUGUUCCAGAGGAGGUGAAGCAGAGGCGUCUUGCGGAGCUGAUUGCUGCCUUCCGAGAAGGUGCCACAGAAGCCAACAUGGCUAUGGUUGGCCACAUGCAGCUUAUCCUUGUGGAGGGGCCCAGUAAGCGCUCUACCACUGAGUUAUGUGGAAGGAAUGAUGGAAACAUCAGAGUAAUCUUCCCUGACAUAGAAAUGGGAGAUGGCAUUGAUUGUAGGGGCCUAAUCCGAGCCCAGCCAGGAGAUUAUGUGUUAGUGAAGAUCACCUCUUCCAAUUCUCAGAGCCUGAAAGGAGUUGCUCUCUGCCGAACAUCUCUGCAGGAGUAUUCUGCACAUUGCUGACCUGAAUUGACAACCACAGAAUUCUUCUGGAUGCCCAUUUGUUAGUGAUUGCUGUGAAAAGAUUCUUGGGUGGUCAUAGAUUGGACUAGAUACCCUCUGAGGUCUCUUCUAGCUCUCAAAUUCAGUGACAAAAUGGAGCAUGUUUUGCUAAAGAGAAAGGGGGAAGUGACAGGUUACUUGUGCGUUGAUAAAAAAAAUUAAUAAGAAUUGAUAGGAAAUAGUCUUCAUAUAGACAUGACAUAUGGAAAAUGAAUCUUUGGGAUUUAUUUGUUAGAUAUAUCUCUAAGAAUCACAAUUAAUUGAUUCACCAACAGCUAAAAUGUUUGUUUUUUCCUCUUUUCUCUAAUGUUAUUUUCCAUUGGUCAGUCUUUUGGGGAACUCUGUGAAAUUCAGUCAGCCAUUGUUUUGUUUCUUCAACAUCAAUUUUCUGAUUUAGUUGAUAUGUGAUAGAUGUUUAAUAGAUAAACUUUCAUCUUAUCUUGCAUGGCACCAGGACUCCAUACCACUCCUUGAUGUUUCUACCCCAGUAAUGCGACAAGAUAUUCCUUUCUCUUUCCCAGCCCCACCUUAGUGUGCUUUUUCCAAUCCCACUUUGUGUUGACUUUUUAAAAAAAAUUUAAACAUUAUUUUAUUUGGUCAAUUUCAAAUAUUAUUCAUUGAAUACAAAAAUCAUUUUCUCUUCCUCCUCUCCCGCCACCCCUCCCAUAGCCAACGAUAACUGACACACAAUUCCACUGGGUAUCACAUGUGUCCUUGUUCUGAACCCAUUUCCAUGUUGUUGGUAUUUGCACUAGGAUGUUCAUUUAGAGUCUUUAUCCCCAGUCAUGUCCCCUCAGGCCCAACAGUCAAAGAAGUUGCCUUUCUUCGGUGUUUUUGUUCCCACAGUUUGUCCUCUGCUUGUGGAUAGUGUUUUUUCUCGUAGAUCCCUGCAGGUUGUUCAGGAUCACUGCAUUGAAACUAAUGGAGAGGUCCAUUACAUUCCAUUAUACCACAGUGUAUCAGUCUCUGUGUACAAUGUUCUCCUGGUUCUGCUCCUCUCACUCUGCAUCACUUCCUGGAGGUUGUUCCACUCUCCAUGGAAUUCCUCCACUUUAUUAUUCCUUUGAGCACAAUAGUAUUCCAUCACCAACAGAUACCACAAUUUGUUCAGCCAUUCCCCAAUUGAAAGGCAUCCCCUCGUUUUCCAAUUUUUGGCCACCACAAAGAGCGCAGCUAUGAAUAUUCUUGUACAAGUCUUUUUCCUUAUUAUCUCUUUGGGGUACAAACCCAGCAGUGCUAUGACUGGAUCAAAGGGUAGCCAUACUUUUAUCACCCUUUGGGCAUAGUUCCAGAUUACCCUCCAGAAUGGUUGGAUCAAUUCACAACCCCACCAGCAAUGCAUUAAUGUCCCUACUUUGCCACAUCCCCUCCAGCAUUCACUACUUUCCUCUGCUGUCAUGUUAGCCAACCUGCUAGGUGUGAGGUGAUACCUCAGAGUUGUUUUGAUUUGCAUCUCACUGCUUAUCAGAAUAUGUUGACUUUCCUUGACUGAAUAUGUUCUUUGAGGGAGGGUCUGUAUUAUAUUUGUCUCCCCAGGACUCAGCACAGUGCCUGGUACAUAAAACUUGCCCUCUUCUGUCUCCUUUCUCCUUUUCUCUCCUUUCCCUUUAUCUCUUUCUCUUUGUAUCUCUUUUUCUCAUAGCUUAACUACUGAUUGAAGAGUUAAGAGUCAAAAGGGACUUUAGAGGUAAAAUCUGUUUUAAUACCUCCAAUUAUAGGGCAAUUCACUAUUUCCAGCACAGCACAUUACAUUUUAGGGGAAUUUUUUAUUUUGAGAUAAAAUGUGUUGCCCUGUAACUUCCACCUCAUUAGACCUAGUUCUGCCCUCUUAAGACCAAGAAGAACAAAUUAAUUCCUUUCCUACAUGAUAAACCUUUAAGUAGUUGAAGGCAACAAUCUUAUACCUCUCCCCACCUAAAUCUUCUUUUCAGGUUAAACAUCCUAGUUUCUCCAAGUGAUCCAUUAUGACAUACUUUCAAAUCCUCUUCCCCUCCGAUCAUGCACCACUUUUGUCAAUAUGCCUCUUAAAACAUAGUACCCAGAAUUGAAUGUUUUUAUUCAAAUAUGAUAUAUGAUCAGGGCAGAACCCAGCAGGACUAAUUUCUCAUUCUGAAAAUUAAACUAUACAUGAAGCCCAA